AUGAAACCACCACCCUCGCCGCCGCCACGUCUUCUCCUCCUCCUCCUCCUCCUCCUCCUUACCACAGUAUUCUCCCAACCCGAACCCUCGCCCGACCCGCAUCCCAACCCACACCAUGACCUAAACAACAACAAAGCCCUUGACCCGGUCGGCGACCCGGACGACUUCAGACUCCCCACCAACGAGUGGAAGGGGGAAUGGGAGCUGUUCACGGACAACUCCGGCGUGUCGGCGAUGCACGCGAUCGUGAUCCCCAACGUGAACAAGGUUUUGAUGUACGACGCCACUAUAUGGCGGAUUUCGAGGAUCGAGUUGCCCAAAGGACGGUGCCGGGUUCUGAACGCCACCACCGGCGAGGAGGAUUGCUUUGCUCACUCCGUUUUGAUGGACAUCGACACCGCUCACCUGACUCCCCUCCAGGUACGCUACACCGGCGGGUUCCAAGGCGGCGCCAACACGGUCCGGUACCUCAAAAUCUACAACACCUCCACGUGGCGCGAAUUCCCUAGCGCUUUAUCCUCCCCGCGCUGGUACUCAACCCAGGCCCAGCUUGCCGACGGCCGAAUCAUCGUCAUCGGCGGCCGAUCCACCCCAACCUACGAGUACAUCCCUCCGGAAGGCAAGUCCAACGCCAAGCCCUUCUUCUUCGACUUCCUCCAGCAGACGACGGAUCCAGAAGAGAACAACCUCUACCCUUUUGUCUUCCUCUCCCCCGAUAGCAACGUCUUCGUCUUUGCCAACAACAGCGGGAUGGCGGUGCUGCUCCCGCUGGAGGUGUUGUCGCCGGAGGCCGAUGCUGUCGUGGAGGCUGAGGUGCUUGUUUGCGGUGGUACCGCUCAUAUCGACUCGUACACACUGGGUUUGAAGAAUGUGUUCUACGAGGCGCUUCGGGAUUGUGGCAGGUUGCAGAUUACCAAGCCGAGGCCGAGUUGGCGUCGGGAGCUCAUGCCAAGUGCUAGGGUCAUGGGUGAUAUGCUAUGA